CAAAAGAAGAAGGGCCAGCUGAUCAGUCAGCAGCAGACUGCACUCACACACACCCACCCAACAUGCCUUCCCCGAUCCCCGUCACCCGCCUGCUCCCCAAAGAUUUCUACCCCUUCCUGGACCUGGAGACCUGCAGCAGCCCGCUGACCAGAAACCCCGGAUCCACCUUACAGGUUCCCGUCCAGCGGCUCCACGGAAAGGUUGCCAGUCGGCUCUGGUCCACGGUGAUCCACUGGAAGGAACUACGCUCCGUGCAGCCUGCGGGAUCCGGAGGGUUCGGAUCCGUCUACAAGGCGGAUUACUUCGGAGAGACUGUAGCGCUGAAGAAAGUCAAGAAGUGCACCAAAAACAAGCUGGCGUCCCGUCAGAGCUUCUGGGCCGAGCUGAACGCAGCGCACCUGCGCCACGAGAACGUCGUGCGCGUCAUCGCGGCCACCACCUGCAUGCCAGCGGAUUUUGGAGACGAUAGCAGCAUCGGAGCGGUGCUCAUGGAGUUUGUGGGGGACAGAAACCUGCAGCAGAUCAUCUACGGUGGGUGUGACCCUCUGGAUGACAGGUGCCUCAGGUAUGCAACAGAUAUUGCACGCGGUCUGCGCUUCCUGCACUCACACAGCGUGCUGCACCUGGACAUUAAGCCAGCCAACGUGUUGGUGUCCGGGGAGGACGUGUGCAAAAUAGUAGAUUUCGGUUCUUCUCUGAAACUGGACCUCAGGUGCGAGGUGAGCUGUCUCAGCCCGCAUCUGAGCCACGUCGGCGGCACGUACACGCACAGAGCCCCGGAGCUGCUGAAAGGAGAGGGGCUGUCUCCUAAAGCAGACAUCUUCUCCUUCGGGAUCACUCUGUGGCAGCUGAUCACCAGAGAGCAGCCCUACACCGGGGACCGGCAGCACGUGCUCUACGCGGUGGUGGCCCACAAUCUGCGGCCGUCGGUCCAGGAGCACCCGGUGUUCCAGUCGGAGCAGGGCCGGCAGUGCAGGACUCUGCUUUGCCGCUGCUGGAGCGGGGACGGUCGCUGCAGACCGACUGCUCAGGAGCUGGUGCCUCAGCUGGAGCAGAUCAGCUCCCAGACAUGAGACUGUUUUAUGAACAGGUGCACUGACAUGUUUUUAGGAACAUUUUAGAACGUGGAAUGCCCUUAUCUUAAUGCUGAAUCUCGUU